AUGCGAAUCGCCAAAGAAAUUUAUAAAAAACAGACUUCAUUGGCUAAAGUACAUUCAGAUAAGCAGCAUUUUAAUGUUUCAACAUUACAUUCAAGCUUAGACGAAUCCAUUUCAUUCUCCAAAAAUUUGGAAGAUAGUUUCAAUAUUGCUUCUUUAAUGGCAUUAAAAAAACAAAAUGACUGCCCAUAUAUCAAUCGCAGUGUGCUUAUGGUUGACUCACUAAACACAAAAAGGUGUGUUUCCUUUAUCUGCAAAGAAAAAGAUGCAGAAUUCGAGAUUGAAAAUCUCUCGAAUUUCUUAAACACAUAUAAGAAUAAGUUUAGUGAAAAGAAAAUUUUACAAUAUUUAUUGCUUUGUUCUUAUAGUCAUUACAAUAAUGCUUGCGGUUUGCACUUUAAAAAUUUCAGAUUUAAUGAGAAUUCAUUCACCGCAUACGCUUAUUGUACAGAUCCUUCCUGCAACACUUAUAUCUUUAAAGGUUACUUUAGUGGCAAAGUAACGGUAUUUGCUUCAAAUAAUCAAUUAAAGCAUACCACAAAUUACGAUAAAAGUGCUCAAUGCAGGGCAUUGCAAAGAUAUGCUCUUAAAGGCGAAAUUUUUCACAAUACGGCUGUUAAAUUUCGCACUAAAAAACUCAAUAAGCAAUGUGAAAGUUUUGAAAAGGUCGGAAGAAAUGAUAAAGUAAAGUCAUUAUCAUAUUACAGAAAUAUAAAAACAGAAGCAUAUGCUAAAAAUGACUUACACUCCGAUCCCUUUAUUGACACUUAUUUAAUGUUUAAGUCUUCACCUAGAGAUUUCAUACAAUAUUUGUCAACAAAACUUGAAGUUUAUUUAUGGGAUUUCUCCCAAAUUCACCUAUUGCAACAAAACGAAAGUUUCUUAUUGAAAAAAAUGAAACAUACUAUUCGCAUAGAUGCAACAGGUGGUAUUAUUCGUAAGUUACCAUUCGAUACUAAUAGAAUAUUAUUAUAUUCCUUAGUCGGUCAUAUUUCUGAGAAAAAAAUUGUUUUCUCAAUAGCCGAUGCGGUUUUAUCGAAUCACUCGAUAACAGACAUUGCACAAUUUUUGCAACACUUAAAACAAUAUUGUAAAAGUAAAAGUCUGUUAUGGCCCAUUUGUCGCAGAAUUGUAACAGAUGUUAGCUUCGCUAUAAUUGGGGCAAUAUUGAAGGUUUUCAAUGGAAUGGAUUCGGUUUUAGAAUAUUUAAACUAUUCAUAUGCUUUUGUGAAUAAUCCAAAAAAAUUGAAUUUUGUUGCUAUACAAUUUUGUGUUAGCCACUACUGCAAAAUUAUUUGCAAAGAUAUAGACAAUGCAGUAGAUAAAACUAAUUCGCUUAAGGUUAAUAAUUUAAGAAAAUUCUUAAGAGAAUCUAUGGGAAUAGUUUUCAAUUUAUGUACCCUAAAGGACUGCAAGGAAUGGUUUGAGAAACUAUGCGUUAUUUUAUGCUCCAAAAAUAACACACCCAAAGUAAAGGAGGCAGUUGAGAGUUUGUCUAAAUUAAAAGACAUGACGGAAUGUUCAGAUUUUGACUUUAACUUCAAUUCAGAUGAACUUAAUGAACUUCCAACUUUUGAAGAAACUUCUGAUACCUUGGCUUCUAUUUCUGAAGGCAGUCCUUUUAGAGUUGAAUUUAUAAAGUAUUUUAAAAACUAUACAGAAGCUACUAUUAAAUGCAAUAAUAUUGAAAGGAAUGAAUUAUAUUGUCCAAAAAUGGCAAAUUUGAUUUUAAAUAAAUAUAUGGCAUUUCUUCCUAUGUGGUCUAAUAUUAUCGGUAUUCAUAUAGAUCAUUCAAACACUCGAGUGAGUAAUGGACCCAUAGAGAGCUAUUUUAAAAAUAUUAAAUACAAUGUUUUUGAAUGUAAACCUCAGAAACUUGGAAGAUUUAUUCGAGGCAUUCAAAGUUUCAAUAAUUCAAUUGUUAAAUUAAUUAAAAAUAAUUAUAUCCAAGAAUUAACUGAUCCCAUAACUCCAGGGACACUUAUAAAGAGUUCCCGUAAACACAAAAAAAUCCAGACAAGUUCUGAUAAAAUAAUGGGUAUUAGUAAAAAUAGGAAACUUAAAAAAAUUCCUGAGUCAUGGCAAAAGAAGAAUAAAGCCAGACUUCGUCACGGACUCUUUCUUCAAGAGCAUAGUGUGAUUCGCUCACAAAAAGAUAAAAAUCUUAGUGUUAAACAAAAUUCUAUCGUAUCACCAAUACUUAAAGAACACAGCUAUUCAUGUGCCACAGAAAGCUGUGACGUAAAUACUUCUGAAAAAAAUUUCAUGGACUGUGAAACUUAUUCAAAAAGUCUACCAAUUUCAACAAAAUAUUAUGUGUUGAACCUGAGCACAGUUUUUCUUAGAGUAUUUAAUGAAAGAUGCCAUUAUUUCGAAUACUUUUACACGAAAAGUGAUUUAUGUACUCUAAAUAAUGAUGAGUGGCUUUUGAAUUCAAUUUUAGAUGCAUGUCUAGCGGUUAUCAUUUUUGAAAGUAAAAGAGAGAAUUGCUUGUCUGUGCCAUGUCAGACAAAUUUUAAAAAUAUAUCAUUUUUUAAGCAAUUUUUAUCGGAGCAACCUCAUUUACUUAUAAUACCACACUUAAGGUAUAGACAUUUCAUAGUUUCUUUUGUUAAUUUUGAGAAAGGUACUUUAGUAUGCUUGGAUCCCUAUGGGGAAAGUGCUUCAAAAGAGCGUAUGUCUAAUCACUAUAAGGCAUUAUUAUUAGAAAUGUUUCCUUUUAUUGAUUGGAAGAUGGAGAGCAUAAACUAUAAAAAGCAGUCUACUUAUGACUCCAAUAAUUGUGGAGUUUAUGUCCUGCAAUAUUGCGAUGCCUUCAUCAAUAGCUUACCUUUGACUGCAUUAUUGUCAGAAAAUCUAUAUAGAUUAAAUAUGAAAGAGAGGUUAAUGAAUAAUUGCGAUCCCCUCGAUAAAUAUUGCAUCCAUUGUGCGAAACAUUUUGAGGAGGUAUUUCCAAAAGUUGAAUGCAAAAUUUGUAUACGUCCGUUGUGUGAUGUAUGCAUAACGAGUAUUUACGUUAAGAAUAAUAUUAAUUUGCUCAACUUUAUUUGUGCUCUUUGCUUAGAAUGUAAUAAUGUAUCUUGAGCUACUGAAUGCUACUGAAUCACUGCUACUGAAUGUGCCUCCGCUACAGCCAAUGUUCCUGCCGGUCCUACAGCAUCUAAGAAAAAGAAGAAAAAAAACGCAAGAAGAAGAUAAAUUACACUGGAAAUCAUAUAAGCAGCGAAGAUAAUGAGCUUACUGACAAGUAUAUUAGUGACAUAGGGUCUCUAAUUGGUAAAGUAGCUGACACGCCUGCAAAAACACAAAAGACCAUAUCGCCAUGUUUAGAAAUUUGCAAAUCUUAGCAAAGAUAGAAAUCUUAGUAAAGGGUAGAAUUGAAAAAUUUGAAUCCACAAUAUGGAAUGCGUCGCACCUUCGGUAAACAUGUCAUUAGAGUUGAGUAAGUAAAAAAUACUUGGUAACUGCAAACGAAACCUGGUCUCCUUUUAUGAAGAAUAUUAUAAGCAUGAAACCGGUGCCAGCAUCAGACUUUGACAUAACUAGUAAAAAUACAGCAGUACAGGGAGUGCAGUGGUUUAGCAAUGAACAUAGUCAAAAAUACCAAAGUGUGCAGAAUCAAUUUUUAGCUGCAGUUGAACGCAUUGAUUUUAACUUCUUAACUGCUUUAAUACGUAUAGCUGUCCUUAACACAUUGAUUCAAUUAUACAAUUAAAUAUGUUAAAAUGACUGAAGAUUUUAGCUCAGUCACAGAACUUAUUGAACGUGCUGUGCUUGUUUUGAAAACAUCACUUCAUCCAACUUUCAGUUUAACAUCGAAAAAUUGUCGUCUGGAUUACCGGCGCCAAGAAAAUAGAUGUUUCUUUAUUGUGCUUUUCAGAUCCUGAUACAGAUCCUUUGGCGAUGGUGCUAGUAUUGGACUAUUAUGCAAGCAAUAUUCCUGGCUUAUUAAGUACUAU